UAAAAGUCUAAUUUUCCUAAAUUAAUGGAGAGUCUGACAAUCAUUAAAGCGACAUCCAAUUGAGAUUCUGUCUAAACUCUAAAUAGAAAUUUUAUUUAUUUAUUAUUUUUAAUGGAAAACUUGGUGGCCAAGUUCCUUGCUCUGUAUUUAUAGAACGAUUUAGGUGGGGAUAAUGUGAACAUCUCUCGAGUUACGGUUCUUUCUUCUUCUUCUUCUUUGUUUUGUUUCAUUUUAUUAUUGUUUAAAAUUCAUGUCUCUCCUUCUUGGCUACUCCCCGAAGCUCUUCAUUCGGAAACCUGUGUUGGUAAGAGCCUCUGGUGGCGGCUCAUCUUCCCUGGUGCAAACCCCUCCUUGUUUCAUCCUUGGCGCGGAUCCUUGUGGGGCAGAUCAUGUAUUACUCGAAUAUGCAUAUUCUAUGAAAAAUCAUCCUAGAUUGAGAAAAAAGGCGCCUGAGCAGCUAGUGUAUAACGAUGCAGAGGUAACAACAAUCGGGUCCUCUCAUGGCUGGGUAGCCUCUUUGAUGCAUGGCGUUGGCACUCUGCGUCUCCAUGAUGAUCUGAACCCGGUUGCAUCUGAUGCAAAUCCAAAACGCAUCUUGCUGCCUCCUCUUGUAACUGUGCCUCAUUGCCAAACCCAAAUCGUCACCAACGUGUCCUUGUCCUCACCAUCUCCAGAGGACGAAGAUUGUGUCGUGGCUGUCAAGUUCUUGGGACCCCAACUCAGCUACUGCAGACCCUCCUCUGCUCUAGGCAGCAAGUCCAAGUGGUUCAACAUCAGGAUCGCAAACCCUAGCUUCUUCUCCUCCCGUGUCAUGUUUUCCGAGAAACUUAACAUGUUUCGCAUACCUGGAGCUGGAGGCCAAAUCAUUGGGUCAUGGGAUCUCUGCAAAGACCAGCACACGCCCAAGAUUCUGGUGUUGCGAUAUCGUUACCUUCCCGAGCUGAGCGAAGCAGAACGUGAGGUUAUGGAUACCUGUUUCACCACCGAACACUUGGUGGAAUCACAAUCCACAGGUGAAACCUUUUUGGUCAAGUGUUUCAGACAGAGCGUGAACGGUGGUACCAGUUGGGAAACAAAAGCUGUAAUGGUGUUCAGGGUACUUCCCUUGGGAAAUGCAUUGUACACUCAAGACAUUGGAGAUCUCACCAUUUUCAUCUCAAAGUCUGAAGCAUUCUGUGUCCGUGCAAGCUCUUUUCCUGAUGUGAGACCUAACGAAGUCUAUAUCUUGGAGGACACCGAGAUUGCAUUUUUCAGGCUUGCUGAUUCUGACAUCUCAGGUCAUACGAAAAGAGUCGUGGCCCCUUACUUUAUUCCACCUCAAAAUAUAGAAUAUCAAGUUUGGGAUUGAGUUGAGUCUUGAGUCUGUCUUCUCUUUAAAAGCUUUCAGCCAUCAAAAUAUAAUCUGUUUUAGUUUACUCUAUGUUAAGACAAAAUUAAUUACUAUCUCAAUAACUUACAACGUACGCUUGUGUGAGUAGAUUCUUGAAAUAAAACUCUAGAAGAAGAAGAAGAAGAAGAUGAUGAUGAUGAUCAUCAUCAUAAGGUUGUGGGGUUUCUUAAAGUUUUUGCAACAAUAACAAGUUACAACCCUCUGUUAUUACCUGCUGCAGGAGAAUUGGGUGAUGAUGAUCUUGAUUUAUAGAAAAUGUUUGAAUGUUUGGCAGCGAUGAGUUUGCGGUAAUUUGAGGAGAGUCCAGUUUGAUCUUUGAUCAGUCUUUUUUUUCUCGGACAAGAGAAAACUGAUGCAACUCAAACAUGUCAAGCUUCUGUACUGAAUGGUAGGAGUUUAAGUUUAUAUUUUUCUAUUAGGUGGUUUUCUGGGUCACGGGCAAAAGUAAAAUUUUAAACUAUUUAUAAAUUACUAUUUUUUUAUUUUUUUAUUAUUCACUUGUUAAAAUUAAAAUCAAUAUUACAAAAUAAUCAUUUAUUAUUUGAAACUUUCAUGUUGGUAAAUAAUGUCUUAUAAUAGUAUAAUUUUUGGUUACUUAAUUUUUAUAAAAAAAUAUAUGUAACUUAUAUUCAUAUACUUUAUUUUCUUAGUUUCAAUGUUGCCUUUAUCUUCCAAACAAAGGUUUGAAAUUUUAAAAUACUGAACCAAAACUGAACAAAAACCAAAAUACCAAACUGAAAUGGAAUGAUGAGUAAUUGAAAAGAAUUUCUGAACAUAUUAUAUAUCUCUCGAACUAAAAUAUUGGAAUCAAACUGAGAGUCUAAUGGAUACCUGAAUUUGAAAAUAUAAAUUAUACAAUUACAAAUAUUAAACAUAUUCAAUUUCUCAAUAACUGAAUAUCCUAAAAAUACUAUUUGAAAACCUAAUUACCUAAAAACAAUUACUGAGUAUAUUUUUAUUCAAAAUAUUAAAAAAAUAUUUGAACUAUCUUAUAUUUUUAUCCAAAAAUUCUGAAAUAUCCGAUAUUUAAACUGAAAGAUCUAAAUCAAAAUUGAACUACCAAACUGUAAAAAAAAAAUCAAAAUGGAAAAGAAUUUCAUAAAUAACCGAACAUGUUAUAUAU